AAUUAUCACAGCUGUUUGUGCACGCCGCCAAUUGGAUAAUAUUUUACUUUUUAUUAUUGUUUUGAGUACAUGCUAACUUAAGUGUGGGCUAAAUUAAAGUUAUUCAUCGAUAACUCAAUACAGAUUGACUGGAUAUUGGCGGAUGCAAGGAAUACUUUUAGGAAAACAACAUGAACUUCUUGCGACAAACAUUCAGCGUUACGAAACAAUUGACGGCACAAGCUAUGCAGAGCAGCUCGAAUGUAAUGCAGGCCACAUUGCGUGGCAUGGCUUCGUUGCAUCAAAUGCAUCGCACUGGUCCCCACAUUAAGACGCGUCCACCACGACAGCCGCUGGAUGGCAAGCCCUUUGCCAAGGGCGUUGUGCUCAAGACGCUGAUCAAGAAGCCAAAGAAACCCAAUUCGGCGAAUCGCAAAUGCGCCUUGGUGCGUCUCUCCACGGGCAAGGAAAUGAUUGCCUACAUACCCGGCAUUGGACACAAUCUCCAAGAGCAUAAUAUUGUGCUCUGUCGCGUCGGUCGAUUGCAGGACGUGCCCGGCGUCAAGCUGAAGGCUGUGCGCGGUGUCUACGAUCUGGCGCAUGUCAUCAAGAAGGGACAGUAGUUAAGCAUAAACUCACAGACACACACACACACACACACUUGUUUCAAUAUACAUACAUUGUUUAUAGAAAUCCUGCUAUGCAU